AUGGUAGGUGGUCCCUACGUCAUGGUAGGUGGUCCCUACGUCAUGGUAGGUGGUCCCUACGUCAUGGUAGGUGGUCCCUACGUCAUGGUAGGUGGUCCCUACGUCAUGGUAGGUGGUCCCUACGUCAUGGUAGGUGGUACCUACGUCAUGGUAGGUGGUACCUACGUCAUGGUAGGUGGUCCCUACGUCAUGGUAGGUGGUCCCUACGUCAUGGUAGGUGGUCCCUACGUCAUGUAUCCAAGACGCUUGGCCCCUGAGGCAAGGAGGGUCCAUGAUAUUCCUCAAGGAACUAGUUUUAGGCUCAUUGACACUACUAGAGAUCCUAGAGAUGCCAGCUUUCAGCGCCUCAAUGUGGCGAUCCAGAGAGACAAUGUGUACUGUGUCCUUGUUUCUUGCCAGAAAGCUGAGGAGCUCCAAGUCUCCGUCUUUGACAGUCUCCGUGGUGUAGUGGUGUGGAAGGACAAGCGGGUGAGGUGGGACCCCAAGGACUAUGGCGGACUGGAUGUCCUACACUUCGGUCACGACGAGCUCUGGACCCCUGACAUUACCGUCUACAACAACGCAGACAUCACUGAAGUGGACCACUACGGCAACACCCACCUGGUGGUGUACAACGGGUGGGUGGUGUGGUUCCCGCCCGCCCACAUCUCCGUCGAGUGCCCCAUGGACAUCUCUCACUGGCCCUACGACACUCAGACCUGUCACAUCUACUUCGGCUCCUGGACCACGCACGGUUGGCAGAUCGAGCUCAGCUACCCUAACUUCACUAAACCGCUAACCAACCGGUACAACCUGAAGACGUCGUCCCAUUGGCACGUGAACGGCGGGACCCUGCGACGCCUCGACUUCUGGUACGAAGACGUGCCCGAGCCUUACUACACCAUGCACGCCGAGUUCACCAUCACCCGCAACUCUCCGUCCUUUGUCUCCACCGUAGUCCUCCCGGCCUGCGUUGUGUCGGUGUCGACGCUGGUGCAGUUCCUGCUGCCAGUGAGCCACAGCAAGAGGGUGACAGUGGGGUGCACGGCCGUCCUCCUCACCCUCCUCCAGCUCCUCUACCUCGCCCACGCCAUCCCUCCCCUCGGCACCUCCAUCCCCAUCAUUGUGCGGUUCUACGGACAGACGUUGGUGGUGGUGGUGACGAGUCUAGUGGUGAGUGGGGGUCUCCUGCGCCUGACCCAAGGGCCGCACCUCGCCCAACCUCCGCCGCUCAGCCUCAAGAAGCUGCUCACGGGACCCCUCGCUAACAUACUCUUCCUUCACGACUACACAGAGAAGGUUGGUCUGAGCGGAGGCGGGGCUGAGGACGGAGAGGUCCUGGAGGAGACCCGUCCUGCAUCCUACCUCCAUGAGUGGCUGCUGGUGGCCGCCGCCCUCGACCGCCUCGCCGCCAUCACCUUCGUCGCCGCCUUCGUCAUUACUCUCAUCGCCUACGUCGCUCCCGUCUGA